AUGAGGUGGAUCAAGGCCAACUGCGCAUUUGCCGCCACCGGCCCUUACUCCUCUCUCUAUGAGGACAUGGAUCGCUUCAUCGUGCGCUUCCAAUGUUAUCAGCAGGAGCUAGGCCUCGCAAUGGAGAUGCUCGUCGAUUGGGAAGCCGCGCAUCAUGUACCCCGAACUUGGGAUAACCUUGGGGAUGCGAGGACAAGCACUUUCAAGAAUCGUUAUCGUCUCAAACCAAGCAAGGCCGCAUCAUCCAGCCGAUUUCCGCACUAUCCCUCUCCCCUCUUCAUCUUCACCGUCCAAGACAUCUUCAGGUUCAUCUCUUAUCUGCGCACGCAACCCUUGAUGGAGAUGUUGGGGGAUGUAGUGCCGGACUGGAGUAGCGGAUGCCACACAAGACAUGCCGAGGGUGCCGUCAGAUUCUUCAAGGUCGGGACCCGUGUCUAUGCUGCGAGCAAUGUUCAACAAGGCAAGUGGCUGUUCUGA